AUGGAUACUUCCGGGAUUAACACCAAGGCAGGGGCCAUUGAUAGUAUCAAUUCUAUCGAUGAACACCCAAUAGAAGACAUCCGUCCUGAAGAUGAACGAGCGCUGGUAUGGCGACUCGAUUGCUUUUUCCUCGUCGUGGGGUUCCUAGGAUAUGCGUUUAAGUAUCUUGAUCAGACGAAUAUUAGUAAUGCCUAUGUCUCUGGCAUGGAAGAUGAUUUGAAGCUUUAUGGGAAUGAGUAUAAUUAUUUUACUACUUUUUUUAAUAUCGGGUAUAUGGUUAUGUUGUACCCUUCGUGCAUAAUUAUCUCUCAUGUUGGGCCUUCGGUUUGGUUGCCUACUUGUGAGGUCCUGUGGGGGAUUCUCACGUGUUGUUUGUCGACGGUUACGUCGGCGAAGCAGGUGUAUGGUUUGCGGUUCCUGAUCGGGUUCUUUGAGGGUGCGACUUGGCCGGGCUAUUUUACUAUUAUCAGUCAAUGGUAUCUCCCCCAUGAGAUGGCCUUGCGUAUGAGCUUGUAUAAUAUGGCUCAGCCGGUUGGUGCUAUGCUUUCUGGGGCUAUGCAGGGGGCACUCUCUACUAACCUUGAUGGGGCGAUGGGGCGGAGUGGUUGGCGAUGGGCUUUCAUUAUCAAUGGCGUCUGCACGAUAUUCAUUGCUUUAAUGGCUUUUGUGGCUUUGCCGGGAUUUCCUGAAAGCCAGAACCCGCUAUCGAAAAUUUAUCUCAAGCCUAGACAUAUCAUGAACGUGCUAAUUUCAACAGAGACUGCUACCGCGCGCACAAAGCGUGUUGGCCGCAAGCCACAGAGCGGCAUCCGAGUGGGAAGCUUCCUACGAUGCUUCAAGUUCUGGCAUCUAUGGCUUUUUGCUAUCGCAUGGGCAAUUGGCACCGGCACUACCCCAACAAGCUACUUCAACCUCUGGCUCAAGUCAUUGAAGAACCCUGACGGGACAAAGAAAUAUUCCGUCGCCAUGCUCGACUACCUCCCCAUCAUCGGCCAGGCCAUCCAACUCGUCGCUGAAAUCCUCUUCAGCGGAUUCAGUGACUACUUCGGAGUCCGACUGCCCUUCCUACUUCUCCACUCAGCCAUAAACAUCACAUCCCUCAUAAUCCUAGUCAUCCAACCCAGCAACGAACACGCCUACAUGGCAGGCUGGUACAUGGAUUACAUCGGAGCCGUCUCAACAAUGCUCCUCUGCGCCUGGGCAGCCGCACAUCUCGAAAAGGAACCAGAGGUCCGAACCGUCCUCUUCGCCACGGGCACGCUCUUCUCGUACCUGUUCAGUGCGUUUCUUCCUAUCGCUGCGUAUCCGGCGUCUGAGGCUCCUCAUUGGCGUAUUGGAGCGAAAUUGUACCUUGGGCUGUCGUCGUUGGCGACGGUGUUGUUUGUUUGUAUUCAUUUUGCGUUUAAGUGGGAGGAAAGAAGAAAGGGAAAGAGGAGGGUGGGGGUGAGUGGGGUGGGAUAG